CAAUACAAAAUAAAUAUAUAUAUAAACGGCAAACACACAAAAAAUAAUUAAAUCAAAGAAUAGUGCAAAAAAAUUAAAAAAAGGAUAACCUUGGUAUGCCUUUACAUACAGACAUUAUUGGCUAAAACGGUUUCAAGAUACAUUGCUAACACCAUGGACCAGCAGUUUUGUUUACGCUGGAAUAACCAUCCCUCAAAUUUGACAGGUUGUUUGUCUCGUCUGCUUAAGAAUGAAGCUUUAUGUGAUGUAACCUUAGUUUGUAACGAUAAGAAAUUUCAGGCCCAUCAAACAAUAUUGUCAGCAUGUAGUCCUUAUCUCGAAGAGAUUUUCUUAAAUAACAAAAUUCCCCAUCCAAUAGUUUAUAUGAUAGGCGUGGGUGCGGUCGAGAUGGCAGCCCUUCUGGAUUUUAUGUAUCAGGGGGAAGUGAAUGUGGCUCACAGUUUAUUGCAGAAAUUUUUAAAUACAGCAAGGAUUUUACAGGUUCGUGGCUUGACAGAAAACGACUCGAUGAACUUCAAGGCAGAGGAUAACGACAUAGAGAAUAACAACAUAAACAAUAACAAUUCAACGCCAAAAUUUUCAACUCAAAGUGUGCCACCGUCGUCGUACGACUCGGACCGCGAAAUUACGGACAAGGAAAUCAAGGAGGAGUCGGAGCAAUCGCAGCAGCAGCAUCAUCGGGAGCACCGCGAUAGUCGUGAGCACCGAAGCGGCGAUCGGGAUCGCGACGAGGAGCGCGAACAGCGACUGGUAUCGCGACGCAGCGCCUCCGAUCGGUCAAACAGGGAAUCAUCGACGACGCCAGUGGAUCGGGAGCAGCAAUCGUCGUCGGCAUCGCUUUCGUCGUAUCCCAACAAAAAGGCACGCACGUCGUCAGUCUGUGAUACUCCAAAUAUGCCGUUCGGUAGCACACAAGAAAGACGCUCUGACUCUGGAUUGGUAUGUUUGAGAUUUCCCCCAUCUCUCGGCAGUCAAAAACACAGUCCAACUUCGAAAAUGGAUGCGUCAGAUUUGGAUGACGGGCGUCGCAUAUCGCCGGCGUCAAAUGCAUCACGUGAUCACAUGCCAUUAAAAUCCGAUCUUGAUCUUAACAUGCCUGGACUCCAUCACGACAUACCGCCACAAUUGCUACCGCCUAACUUAUCAAUGCAUGACGAUAUUCAUGGAAUGUUGGGGAUGCAACCAUCUAUAUCAGAGCCCCCUUCUGACGACAUUCACCAUCCCAUGGAUCAUCCUGAGGGACCUGACGGGCCGGGGGGACCUUACGAUUCAAUAUCUAUCCAUCCAACAUCGCCAUCUCGUGGAGGACGCAAUAGCACCGGAAGCAGCGGCGGCGGCGGCGGUAAUGCGACAAAUGGUAGCUUUCACCAUUCCCCGCAUCACACCAUGCCUUAUCACAGUAUGUUUACGCCGAGUCGCGAUCCCGGCACAAUGUGGCGCUGUCGUUCGUGCGGCAAAGAAGUAACGAAUCGCUGGCAUCACUAUCACUCGCAUACGGCGCAACGAUCGCUCUGUCCGUACUGUCCCGCCACCUAUAGUCGCAUCGAUACGUUGCGUUCGCACCUCCGAUCGAAGCACGGCGACAAACUGAUGAAACACUAACUUUGAAUAAAUGAAAAUGCAUUUUUACAGACGGCAUUGCCCUCCCCAACAGCGACAACGACGACGCCCCGCACCUCGCCGAACAAUUCCCGCUUCCACGCAUCCAUGGCGGCAUAUCAGCAUCAUCAUCAUGAGCAGACAACGGCGCCCCCUUGCGGCUAUUGUAACAAACGCGAAUGCAUGAUCCUCUGGCAUCGCUCGUUGUACUCCAAAUACAUGUCUAGAUGGCGCCCUCGUCAAUGUCGUCUCUAAAAAUGCGUUUUUCAUUACGAAAAAAGCGAGAAAACUACACAAAAAACACAAACUAUAUCAAGAUAAAUGAUAUUUUUAAUUAUAAAGCUUUUACUAUAUUAUAUGAUAAAAAAAAUAUAUUAUAUAUAAAGAAAAUUAAAUCAAACAAUAACUAAGGAAUUUACAGGAUCAAAGAAACGAUUACUACAUAAGAAGUAAGAAGAUGAGCA